GCAGCAGCAGAAGCAGCUCCGCGUGAAGCAUUCAGCAUUCGAUCGAAAAGCAAAGGAGCUUUAGCGAAUGGUUGUGAAAAUCUGGCCGAUAUGGAACAUCCUCGAGCGGUUUGAAAUUGCUUCGCAAGUGCAACUGUGCAUAUCCCGGUCCCCGGGGGGAGUGAGAAACGGUGACGAGUGUUGUAGGUGUUUGUGUGUAUGUGUGGUGUGUGUGUCUGACGACACGAAAGUGCAAUUGCAGAACGCGAAAGUGUCGUCUAGUGUAGGGCAGCUGUGUGAACGCGCAAGAAAGGAAGCAUUCUCUGCGCCCCGCGGGGUGACGUGCCUAGCAACUCCUAAUUCGCUGGCACAAGUGUAUUUGGGCGAGUAGUAGUUUUCCUUCCUUGGACGGGAAAAACGGACGACCCGCAACGAUGGCACACGCUCUCCGUGUGGGAUAGAGUGAAAGAGAAGGGGUGGGAAACGAGGAGAGAAAAGAAACGGAAAAAGGUCAUAGUGCUGAAUAUGCUGCUCCUCUCGCGGACGUGUGUGGUGCAUGAUGUUGUUGUACGUGGUGUGAAGAUCGAUCCGCAGUUCGUCGUAGCUUCUAUCUCGUGAAAACACGUUGAGUACUACUGAAGUGUACUAAAGUGAUUCUAUAUUUUGUAAGAAAAGUGAUUAAGAGGCUGUAAUAGGUGAAGAUACAGGAAAGAAUGAAAAAUCAAACAAGUGUGAACUGCGUUGGCGACGACUACUAGACUCUCUGCCCAGUGGAUAGUGGUGCGGUUUGUGUGUGCGAGUGUGUGUGUUUGCUGAAUCCAACCAGCAUGCUUUGGUAAUCGCGAGCCUCCCCGUGGGGUACGACGGACGCCGGAGCAGCAGGGGGGGAGGAAAAAAGCAGAUAGCGACGAGAUACGCCGCGCAAACGAUGGAUUUCAUCGGCAAUUUGCUUAAUCAAAUGUCGUCCGCCUUCAACCAGGAGACGGCCAUACCGAAGAAGGAAGAGAUUUCGAUGGACGAAACGCUCAAGUGGCGCGCACUGAAGAACAAUCAGUUCGCUUCGCGGACGCGUGGUGGAGCAGCAGCGGCAGCAGCGGUGGGGACGACCGUGGUGGUACCGAGUGGGGGCACGCGGAGUGGAUCGUCGAUCGGGCGGAGCAGAAGCACUGGCGGUACGGUUAGCCAGGGGGGAACAUCUAACGGGCAACGGAAGCAGCACCCCAAGCGUGCAUCAUCGGAAAACUCGAACGAUUCGAUCGGUGGCGACGGAUCAUUGGUUGAUGGUUUGUUGGAUGGGCUGGCGGCAGACGGUGAAGAAACGGACGGACCGGAAGAAGACAUUGAGAUCGAAAUAGCGAAGGACAUCAGUGGGGAGGAGUUGCAGGAGGCGCUAGCCUUGAGCCAGCUGUUGGAGGCCGACCCGAUGGAGGUUGGCACGAUGGAGGAGGAGGAACUGGUGGCACCGGAAGUGAAGAAGGACCAUAAGGGGGAGCUUAGGGGAGGCCAAACGGUGAUCGAUAGCAAAGAUACGCUAGUCCAGGAAGACGAGAAGAAGGUGGAUACGAAGAUGUCGGAAACAGGACAAGGGAAGUCCGUAUCCGGUAAUGAAAAAGCACCAUCAACCAACGAUGCUGCUGACGAAAAGAAGAAGAAGCAAGAAAAUGAAGUCAAAAAAGUUGAAGAGGCUCAGAAGGAACCGAAAGGGAAUGAUUCCGCCAACGGUGGCAAUGAUCGCGAAGACGUUGGUGACGAUCGCGACAAAAAGUUACCUUCCAAUGGAAUUUCGAUUCCGGCAACAUCUUCCAGCAACGAUGCUACAAGUGGAGAUCGUCUUACCGAGGGUGGAAAGAAAAUGGAAACCGAUCGUACGCCUUCCACCGAGCCGGGAGAUAAGGCAAUCGAUGCGAUCGACGAUGUGGAGGACGAUGACGAUGACGUUCUCAUUAUAAGUACCGGGGAGAUGGUGGACGUGGUGGAGGUGGCAGAGACUUCCAAGGAAGACGAAGAUGACGACGAAGUUCUGGAGGUUCUGCAGAAAUGCUUAGAUGGUGAGGGUUCGGCAGCGGUUGCGGUAGAGCAGGAAGUUAGCAAAAAACAACAGCAGACGUUAGUUGCAGAGUCGGAAGAAAAAUAUCACCCGAGCCGCCGAGCGGACGUGGGGGAGUCAAAUGGCAACAAAACUGCUGCCGAAGUGGAGCAACAGGAAGCUAAGUUUUCACCCACUCUGGAGAACGCUACCGGCCGGGCUGCAAAGGAAGAUCAAUCACCAAACGAUGAAAAGAAGGCGGAGGAAAAACCCCCGCUCUCCCGGAAGGACAAAUCACCAAAGCGCGAUGGAAACGAGACGAGUGUAAAGGAAGAUCACGUCGCAGACGCCGAUGUUCCGACGAAGGGAGCAUCUCUACUGGUACCGGUGGUGGGUGGUAGAACAACGCGCAGCAAAAAAACGGUCGGCAGCGUGGGGACAACUUCGAGCAGUCCGUCGCCCUCGACUCCGGCUGUAACCGUAACACCUUUGCAGAGGCGAUCCCAGCGGUUCCAGGGGAAAGAACCGGACUCGGAGGGAAGAAAAUCGACCGACGUCAAACUGAAUGGCGAUCGUGAGACGGCGAUCGCAGCGGUAGUGGUGAAGGAGGAAGAGCCGGACGAGGGGAAAAAGAAGACGGCGAUCGCUGGGUCGGUGACGGGAGGACCGGUGAAAGGGUCAACAAAAACACCGGCCGUCGCGCCCACUUCAGUGGAGCGCAGAUCCGAUCGUAGUCUGCGCAGCAGGCAACAGAGCACGAGCAGUGGGAGUGGAGUUGUCGGUAGUGGCCAGCCAGCGUCAGUCGUGACCCGGCGCUCUUCGGAAACGGCAAAAGCAGUCGUACCCGUGGAGUUGGACUCGAACGAACCGGCCGAAACGAUCGCCGAUAGAGAAAUGCCUCGGCGUGGAAGGAAACGGUUGAGUCACGAUCCCCCCGCCCCCACGGUCGAUGGUCCCGCUUCGUCUCGCGAGAAAACUGUCCGAGUGCCAACUCCCGCGGCUAAGGAAGAGAACGACCCAUCGGCGGUCAGCAGCACCGAGCAGGGUUUUCCAUUGGAUCCGGGCGAAAACGACUCCGGCGGGGCGCAGGAAGAACAACUGCAGCCGGCGCAGCCGUCAGCAUCAGCACCACCAGCACCACCACCUCCACCACCUUCUCAAGCACAACAGGUGGCUCCGGCAGCAGGAGGGGUACAGCAGCGUCGAGGUAGAAAGCGGAGACAGCCAAAUGCACCCGAACCGUCGGGCGGAUCAACGUCCGGCGGGGCGUCUUCGAGUUCACCGGAAAAACCACCACCGUACAAACGGGCGGCCCGCGUUUCGCGUGACGGUAGCGAUGGAAUUCUUGCGUCGGCGUUGGCCCGUCGCGAUAAGGUCGAUUCGCAGGGGCGCCUUUCCCGGCCGAUAAAACUGUCGGCCAAAAUGCUUGCCAACGAGGAACUGCGACACGGAUUCGAGCAGCACAACAACGGCCGUAUCAUUAUCGGCUCGGACACUACUGGUAGUUCCUCGGUGGGAGGACACGCGGACGAACCGGAGGUGGUGGUGGUCGACCGCGAAAAGGUUGAUCGUGAUCGCGCCGUGCUGCAGGACGAUAAGUCCCGCAAAAGGCAAUCCGAUAUGCAGCCGGAAGCUCAGGCGUCUAAGGAACCGGUGAACCUUCCGGCGGCAAAUAGUGCGAUUAGCAGUAGCAGCGAGGACGUGACGGUCGUCUCGGUGACCUAUCCGAGCCCGAAGGCGGGUAGUUCUGGGAAAGGAUCGCAGAAUUUAGCAUCGUUUGGUAAGUCGUUAGGCAGGAAGCCAACGGAUUCUUCCACCGAACGACAGCGGGCUACGAAACCGGUGUCCGGUUCGCAACCGAAGAAGAUGCCCGGUGCCCCUACCGCUGCCAGUCCCGAUGUUCAAACGUUCCUGCAGGGGAUUCGAACCUCGCGCAUCUGCAUCAACCGCUCGCCGGAAGAAAACCGGAAGCUCAACCGGCGCCAGACGAAACGGUUGGCCAAGCAGAAGGAGAAGCAUAUGUUGGCACUUGGGUUACAACGGAAGGGCGCCGUUCAACCUGCGGUUGUGCGAAAUGGAGUCACACGCAGGAGUCCCGCCGAGGAGGACGAUGAGAUAUUGUUGUCCGAGCCGGAACCGGAAUCGGAAUCGAGUGGCAGCGAGGCGGACUUUGUUCCGAGCCAGAAGAUCGGAACGGUAGGUAAACCGAGUGUGACGUUGCGUUUGAGGAAACCCGAAACGCUUCUAGACGAGCCUGGGCCGUCCACCUCCAAACAACGUAGCAAACAGCCACCUUUGGUGACGGUCCCAUCGGCCAUGGUCAAGGGGCCGGCUGUUGCGAGUGGACGGCAGCAGCAGCAGCAGCAGCAGAAGCAGCAGACUCAGGUGGCGGCUCCCCGGCAGCAGGGAACGAGUAAGCAACAGCAGGCCACCACCAGCAAGAUGCCCGCGAACGCGCCAAACUCUCGACGAUCGGUCGUUUUGCCGGCAGCGAUGACAACUGCCACCACUCAGGCACGAUCUUCCUCAUCCACCGCUCAGAAUGCCGCCGCCGCCUUACGGAAGGACAAGGAAACGGAACAACUGCAACGAUCGCUGGAGCGGUUCGGUUGCGAGCUGACGCUCAUUCCAACCAGCACACCCAGUGCUGCCAGUGACGGCCGAUCGUCGGCCCCUUCCACCUCGCAAACUAAUCGGAAGCGGACGAAGGAACAAACCACGCAACAACGUACCCCCCCGGUUCGAUCCAACCAACUUGCCCAAGUGUCUUCCUCCUCCUCCUCGUCAGCGGCGACGGCGACUGCAGCACACGGGACGACCUCUCCCAGCUUGCAGAUCGUUCUCGAAAAGCGUCCUCAAUCGUCCGCGGGGAGCAGCAGUAAGCAUCAUAAUCGGACAGCAACAACACCAAGCAGUUCGAUCGGAUCGCCACCUUCGGCCGCCGCUGCUACCAGGCAACUGCUCUGUCUCUGCCGGCAGAUGUCCGACAUCUUUGUGGCGAGCUCGGUCGGUACGGGCUACUGCACGGCGGUGGACGAUAUCGAUGGACAGCUGAUCGGGUGCUGCAAUGAGCUGUCCGACGAGCUGGUCCACAUGCUGCGGCCAAGCCCGACCGUCAGCUUCCAGCUUCUGUGCAACCUGCACCGGAAGCGCCUGGAAGAUCACAGCUGCUGUGCGAUCUGCGGAGUUUACUGCACUCAGGGUAACUUUGCAAUGUGUAAAAACGCACACAUCUUCCAUCCGGACUGCGCCGUCAAGUACAUCCUCAACGCACCGUUCGAUCCGACGCGUCCGACUGAUCGCACCGCCCCGACGCUGGUCCUCCAGUGCCCGCACUGUGCCCAAGAGUGUCCAAACGGUGAAAUUCAGGUGACGGUCCAGCUCACCACUCCGCCGGUGCUGCUUCCAUCGCGAAAGAACAUUGUAAAACCCGCCAAGAUGGCUAUCGGGAAAAGCAAAGCCACUACGAAUGGUGGAUCGACCGCGAAAGACGCAUUCCGUGCCAACGUGGAUUCGUUCGUGCCGAGCAGGGUGAGAAAUAUGCUGACAACCGGUGGAAAAGGUACGGUGGGUGCUACCAACGGGCACGAUCCGAGAAAAGCGAACCAGGGCGGCGCUGGAGGAGGUAACGCCGCAGCCGGUGGAAGCGGCACUGCUUCGAAGAACCACUAUUCGACCAAGAGCAUCUUUGAAGCGAUUCACAGCGACAAUGUAGAUCGGAUCACGGAGAUUAUCAUAUCCGGAUUCGACAUCGAGACACGGUUUCGCGAUUUUCACGACGGUACCUGCCUGCAUCUGGUGUCCAACUUUGGCUCGAUCGGAAUGGCUUACCUCAUCAUCUGCCGGGCACAAUCGGUCGACUUCCUAAACAUCCUCGAUCGGGAACUGCGCACGGCACUGAUGUGCGCCGUACUCGGUGCAAAGCUCGACAUCAUCAAGUUGCUGCUAGAGUGUGGCGCCGACGUAACGGUGAAGGGUCCGGACGGCAUGACCGUGCUGCAUCUCGCGGCCAAGCUGGGCCAACACGAGGCCGUGCGCAUGAUACUGGAAUGGGGUCGGAAACGACUGACGGCGCGCGAUCUGCUGGCCUUCGUGAACGGGGUCGAUAAUGGGUCGUACACGGCGCUGGUUUGGGCUGCCGAAAACCGCUACAAGGAGACAAUCCAGCUACUGCUUGCGUCUGGUGCGGACGUUAACAUCUGCGACAAGGAGAACAACACUGCGUUGCAUUGGGCAGCGAUGGCGGGCUGCAGCGACUCGAUGCAUCUGCUGCUGAAAAAGGGAUGCGAUCCGAAUGUGCAGAACAUCAACGGAGAUACACCGCUACACCUUGCCUGCCGUCAUGGAUUUGGCGAAAUCUGCAUCAUGCUUCUAACCAUGGGUGCCUCACUUAACGCGCGCAAUACGUCUGACGAGCUGCCACAGGAUAUGCUUCAGAAUCCGAACAGUGAGUGUGCCAGCAUCAUCGCUGCCAACGUGAAAAUGUUCAGCCUUGGAAAGAACACGAAGGAGACGCGCAUUUUAUGCAGCGACAUUUCCAACGGCAGGGAAUACUAUCCGGUGCAGGUGGUGCAUACUGCUGGCCGUAACGAUCGCCAGCAGACCGUUCCGACGUUCAAGUACAUACAGAAAUCGGUACAGCUUGAGUGUCGCAUCGACACUAACCUGUCCGAUAUGAUCGUGUGCACGUGCAAGGAUAGCUGCGCAUCGACCGACUCCAGUUGCCUUUGCUCGGAACGUACCUGGUAUACGGAGGAAGGACGGUUGGUGAACGAUUUUGAUUUCCUCGAACCGCCAACGAUCGUGGAGUGUGGUGACUUGUGCGACUGCAAUCAGCAGCUCUGCCGGAAUCGUGUCGUACAGCGUGGUCUUCGGGUGCCGCUGCAGCUUUUCUACAGCCCCGGUAAGGCGUGGGGCGUCCGGACGCUCGUUCCCAUUCCAAAGGGUACGUUUUUGGUCGAAUACGUCGGCGAGCUGCUGACCGACGACGUAGCAAACCAGCGACCGGAUGAUACGUACUUUUUCGAUCUCAACAGUGGAUUCUGCAUCGAUGCUAAUGCUUACGGUAACGUUAGCCGGUUCUUCAAUCAUUCCUGCGACCCGAAUGUGUCACCCGUGUCCGUUUUCUACGAGCAUCAAGACAAGCGCUUCCCGAAGGUGGCAAUGUUUGCCUGCCGGGACAUUAAGGCCCAGGAAGAGAUCUGCUUCAACUAUGGAGAAAAGUUCUGGGUGGUAAAGAACCGCACGAUGUCCUGUCUCUGCAAAAGCAGCGAGUGUCGCUACCGUACCGUACAGCAGCAAGGAGUGUUGGUUUGAACAAUCAAUCCUGCACAAUGGGACGCUUCUGGAACAAAAUGGUGAAUGGUGCUUCUGGGGAGCAAAAUUACCACGGGGACUAGAUGGUAGGCAACACACUAUUUAUUAUAACUUUUUUUCGAACCGAUUAUAAAUGUUAAUUGCAGUGAUGAGAAGAGUGCAGGAUGAGACAGAAAAACCGAUAUGGAAGCUAGUAUUUAUGUAAGAGAAAGCUAUGGGCAGGAGGUUGGGGGAGAGAGAGAAAGAGAGUAGAUAAGCAAAUACGCACAUAUGUACAAACGAUAGUACACAAAAUGGCUUUAGGAUGCCCCCUUCCUCCCAAAGGGAAGCUAACGGAUUUUCGAUCGGAGUUUGGCUAGAAAAGUGUGAAAAGAUGUACCAAAAAUUAGCGGAAAAAAGAGAAGAACAAAGAAUGGUACAAAGUGAACGAUAUUUAUGACGACGCUAAGCCAUAUCAUACGAUAUAUUCGGGCGACGGCACGUUACCGAGUACCGAGUAUUUCGAUAGCGUCUUGCGCAAAGUGAAGUAGUGUAGGGGUAGGGAGCAGUAGGUAAGUUUUCCCGAUAUAACGAUUAUGUUUAAUAUCUAAAUAUAUUAACAUAUAGUUGUAGGUUGUGUAAAGCAGUCGAAGCAACGUCCGUGGGGCGCUUGCAUCUAGUAUCAACACAAGGAUAUGGAUUAAAAAAGAAUAAGAAGAGCUGGAAAAAUCAUCGAUGAUGCGGGUUUGGGAGUCCUUGGCGAAUGCGCUCGAUGUGAAUCCUCCUGGUGUAUGUCACGACUCUCUCACUCGGAGCAUAGUCAGAGUAUAUUUAAAUUUAAUUCGAACUCAUUUUUUUAAAAUGUGUGAUUUUGUGUGCGCGAAUUUAUUAUACCAGAGAAUUCUUAGUUGGGUAGAAAGAGAAUUGGGGGAGACUAUGGACAAGUCGAGUAUUUUGAUGCACUGUUUACCUACUGUGUAUGCCAUAAUUAGUUGCCAGUCGAUCUAGGGUUUAUGUUCAUAUACUUUUUAUCAGCCUUCAAACCCCCACCCAUUUCACGGGCCCGGUCUACUUUUUUUUCCUGUAUCAUCACUGUACAAUAGUCGUUUCACCGGAAUAACCUGUCCCAAAGACAGGUAUUAGUUGUACUAAGAAAUUGUUGAUCCACUCCAUCGUACGCGUAUCAUCACCAUUCUUUAUCUUCCACGAUUGUAAGCAAACUGAUCUUAGCGUUUUAUUUGCAUCCGGCCAUGAACGUGUGAGCAGACAAACAAAAAGAAAGCAAUAUUUUAAAUUUAAAUUUACUUUUAUCUUCAUAUUUUUAUAUUUCUGUGUGUGCGUGUAUGUGUGUUUAAGGGCAAUCCUACCAAAGUCGGUGAACGAGUGCGCUUUAUGUUUAAUGUUUUCCACUUUCGUUCGCUUCUAGGUUUUAGUCUCUUGGGGGUAGAGUGGUAGUAUGUUACCCCCGUCUUUAAUAGCAUUUUGGAACCACCGGUUUUUGUUUUAGUUCCUUUUGGCCCAAACAGUUUCAUUAGCUACUAUCUGCAUCUCUUGCCGCUUGUCUCAACCUGAGUGAUGCCAUAUAUAGUUGCCAUAAGUAAACACCCAUAUAUACAAAUAAAAUUACCUUAACCAGCUAUAUUCAAUUUAUAGAUGAAACAGAAAACGGAGGUAGGAAGAUAAUUUGAAGCAGUUAAGUUAAGAUAAAGAAAGGGCAAAGAUAGUUGUGCAUGCAAUGGUAGAUUCGGUAGCGACAGAGGGAAUCUAAAAAUAGAAUGAAUA